AUGCAUCACUGCAACGAGGUCCUGAACAUCUCUGCCAAGCUUAGCAGCAUCGGUGCGAAGAUGGAGGACGAGGACGUCGCAAUUUGCCUGCUGCUCAUCCGCCCUAAGAGUUUUGAGAACGUUGUUCUAAACUUGGAGAUGAGCAGCGCAGAGCUUCGUACCCAAGCUGUGGUGAAGGUGCUCACGAAUGAGCACACCAAGCGCCAAGGGGAGAAGACGACAACAACAGCGGCGAUGGUCAAGACUGAAGAUGCAGCCAAGGCUUUCAACACUGAGCGGGAGCCAUACAACUACACCUACGGUGGGAAGGUGGGACACACCGUCGAUCGCUGUUGGACCAAGCAGAAGAAUGAAAGUCGAGGAGCCCGACGCGGCGGCAAUGGUCGUGGACGCGGGGCAAACAAUGUCCAGUGGGGACAAUAUCGUGAUGAAGGCAGAGACUACGAUCAAGUAGCGUUUGCAGUUUCGCUAGAGUGUGGACUCUCAGCGAAGAAGGACGUGUCCGGAAUGUGGGCAGUCGACAGUGGUGCAACACACCACAUAUGCCACGACAAGACCAAGUUUGCAAGACUGAACGAGCGCAACGACGGUGAAAUCUUGGUGGCGGAUGGCAACAAAGUGGCCAUCAAGGGUGUUGGAACCAUCUUUGAAAAGGUGGUUCUGCCCGACGGUGAAGAGCGCGAGAUCGAGAUCAAGAACGUGCUUUACGUACCAAGCAUGAGCAAGAAUCUACUAUCGGUACCGCAGGCCAACAAGCACGGCAAGUUCCAAGUCGUGUUCGACGGGACCCAGAUGUUUGUCGCCCGCAAAGGAUCGCAACAAGUGGUGGCAACAGCAGAUCUUGUGGAUGGCCUUUACUGGCUUCACACAGCUCAUCGAUCGGCCAAUGCGACAACAAACAGAUGCAACGGUGUCGACUUACAUGCGCGGAUGGGACACGCUCCAGCUGAUGUGCUUCGCAAAAUGGUGGCCACGAACAUGAUCAAGGAUGUGAAGGACAAGCGCAGAUACGACACCUUCGAGCUACUUCACGUCGACAUCUGCGGACCCAUGGAGGUGAAUUCUCUGGGUGGCAGUAAUUAUCUACUUCUGAUCGUUGACGAAGCCAGUGGAUGCAUGAAGGGCUUCUGUCUACGUGUGAAGUCGGAGAGUGAAAACUACAUCACACGAUACAUCAAGAUGGUGCAAGCGCAGUUUGGCAAGAAGGUCAAGCUCGUCCGACACACCGGAGCCCGCGAGUUCGCAACUAACUCGCUUCAAGAAUUCUACGAAGAUGAAGGCAUUGAGCAGCAGACGACGGUGCCAUAUGCACACCAGACCAACGGCACGGCAGAGCGCGCCAUUCGGACUAUCGUCACAAUUGGUCGCAGCAUGCUCCACCAUGCUAAGCUGGAAAAGUGCUUCUGGGCCGAAGCAGCAAUGACGGCAAGCUACGUCAAGAACCGUCUGCCGUCGCCUAAAGUUAUGCACAAGACUCCGUUCGAGAUUGUCCACAACUCCAAGCCAAGUGUCAAGCACAUGCGGGUGUUCGGUUGUCAGGUUUACAUACUGACACCGAAGGAGAGGCGGCUCAAGUGGGAACCCAAGGCUCGCACUGGAACAUUCUUGGGCUACGAAGAAGCAUCCAAAGCGUAUCGCGUUUAUGACAUUGAGGCGGGGCAGGUGGUCAUCAGUCGCGAUGUCAACUUUGACGAGUCCGCCUUUGGACUUUCGCCGCCUACCACCGCUGAAGACGCCGAUGACAUUGGCUUCGACUCCCUCGGUCUGGAUGAUGAAGCGCCAGGUCAAGCGCAGUACAAGCAAACAGGCAAGCGCAAGAGUCGUCCCCAUGAAGAAGGAGUACCAGCUCCACCCAUGCGCACAGUGCGUCAACGGCCUGGACUAGAAGAAUCAAGUGCGCCAGACAAUCACACGACCCACCAAGAAGAAGAUGAAGAAACAAAGAAUGCUGAUGCAUCGACUCCGCCUGUGUUUUGGCGUGCGAGUGCGAACGCCAUCGAAACGACAGUAGACUUAUCCGAGCCAUCGACUUUUGAAGCUGCGAUGAGCGGUCCUGAUCAAGUGUAUUGGCGCGAAGCUAUCCGUGCGGAACUUGAGUCGAUGCGACUUCUUGAAGUAUUCCGCGCAGCCAAGCUACCUAAAGGACAUUGCUCCAUUGGCACGAAGUGGGUCUUCAAGAUCAAGCGCAAAGCGGACGGAUCAAUUGACAAGUACAAGGCGCUUCUUGUGGCAAAGGGUUCCAAGCAACAAUAUGGGAUGGACCACCCGGAAACAUUCUCGCCCGUCGUCAAAUACGUGACGCUGCGCAUGGUGAUUGCAGUCGCCGAGUAUUUUGGAUGGACCAUCGACCAACUCGACUUGGUGACGGCAUUCCUGUAUGAUUUGGUGAAGGCAAUCUACGGACUCAAGCAAGCGUCGCGCGUAUGGAACGAAACGUUUGACGAGUUCGUGUGUGCUAUUGGAUUUCAAGCGUCAAGCCUCGACCCGUGUCUCUACAUAAGGAUCGUGGAAGGGCAAUGCGUGCUGCUGCUGUUGUAUGUGGAUGACGUGUUGAUCACCGGUAGCUCAUGCGAGCUAAUUGCACGCACCAAGACCGACCUGAAGACACGAUUCGAGAUGACUGACAGCGGCAAGUGUGCAUUUGUGAUUGGAAUCGAACUUUUGGAUGGCGCAGAUGGAAGUGUGACACUAUGCCAGCGUCGGUAUGUCGAUGACAUACUCAAGCACUUUGGCAUGGAUGAUUGGAAGGCCGUCGCAAGUCCAGUCGACAUGAGCUCUCGACUUGUUUCAAGUGAUGCGGCAACCAAGGUUGAUGCUCCUUUUCGCGAAGCUGUUGGUGCGUUGAUGCACCUGACCACUGUAACGCGCCCGGAUAUUGCGUUCGUCGUGGGCUAUGUGUCGCGAUUCAUGGAGAACCCCCAAGAAGAACACUGGGUUGCGGUUAAGCGCAUCUUCCGCUACCUACAAGGCACCAAGACGCAUGGAAUCUGCUACAAGCCAAAUGAGAAGAUCGACUUUCGUGAUUACUCGGAUGCAGACUGGGCCGGUGACCUCGCUGAUCGCAAGUCGACGUCUGGUUACGUAUUCAUGCUGUUGGGUGCACCAGUGAGUUGGGGCAGCAAGAAACAGCCAAGUGUUUCGUUGUCCACGAGUGAAGCCGAAUACAUCGCACUCAGCUUGGCGAUUCAAGAGGGCAAGUGGAUUCAUCGUCUGCUUUGUGAGAUCAUGAUGGCUGCCAAUCAAGAAGGACCGGAACUCAUGAUCCAUGAAUACAAUCAGUCGUGUAUCAAGAUGACGAAGAACCCGGUCAACCACGGCCGUGCCAAGCACAUUGACAUAAAGUAUCAUCACAUCCGUGAUGAGGUCAAGCGCGGUGAAGUGAAGCUCAAUUACUGUGAAACUGCGGUGAUGUUAGCGGACAUCAUGACAAAGGGACUUCAUGGGCCACGCCACAAGGAGAUGACGGCGACUCUCGGGAUUUGUGCAUGUUCACAUUGA